AAGAGAGUGGCUCAUGGAAUGGCAAAUGGCGUGGCAUCAGUGGGAGCUUCCGAGAAGAUGUAUGGUCUUCUGGGAGACGGUCCACAUGUCAGACCCACCGUGUCAAGACCUGCAUUUUGACUAUGCCUUCUCCUCCCCGCCCCCUCCACCAGACAAGCGUGUGGAAAACUGGCCUCUGAUGCAGUCUCCAUGGCCUACACUAAGCAUAAGCACUCUCUAUCUCCUGUUUGUGUGGCUGGGUCCUAAGUGGAUGAAGGACCGAGAACCUUUUCAGAUGCGCCUGGUGCUCAUCGCCUAUAAUUUCGGGAUGGUUUUGCUUAACCUUUUCAUCUUCAGAGAGUUAUUCAUGGGAUCAUACAAUGCAGGAUAUAGCUAUAUUUGCCAGAGUGUGGAUUAUUCUAAUAAUGUUAAUGAAGUCAGGAUAGCCGCUGCUCUGUGGUGGUACUUUGUAUCUAAAGGGGUUGAGUAUUUGGACACAGUGUUUUUUAUCCUGAGGAAGAAGAACAAUCAAGUUUCUUUCCUUCAUGUAUAUCAUCACUGUACAAUGUUCACAUUGUGGUGGAUUGGAAUUAAGUGGGUCGCAGGAGGACAAGCAUUUUUCGGAGCCCAGAUGAAUUCCUUUAUCCACGUGAUUAUGUACUCAUACUAUGGACUGACAGCCUUCGGCCCGUGGAUUCAGAAGUAUCUCUGGUGGAAACGAUACCUCACCAUGUUGCAGCUGGUCCAAUUCCAUGUCACCAUUGGACACACAGCCCUGUCCCUGUACACCGACUGUCCCUUCCCCAAGUGGAUGCACUGGGCUCUCAUCGCCUAUGCCAUCAGCUUCAUCUUCCUCUUCCUCAACUUCUACGUGCGGACGUACAAAGAGCCCAAGAAAGUGAAAACCGGCAAAACAGCCACGAAUGGCAUCUCAGCCAACGGUGUGAGCGCAUCUGAGAAGCAGCUGGUGAUAGAAAACGGAAAAAAGCAGAAAAAUGGCAAAGCAAAAGGAGAGUAAAUUGGAACUGGGCCUUAACUGUCGUUAGCAGUGAGGAAACUCCCAUGUCAUACACAAUUUCAGGGAAAACAGGAAGCAAAGGAGGGCUCGGGGUGGGGAGACAAAACUAACGUGCUCUAUGUGCUAGCAACCUUUAGACUGAGCAAAGUGUUACGUACCAUGCCCAGACGGUUUAUUUAUGAAGUUUUUAUUUUAAACAUUUUUAAACAUUAGCCUUGACGUUGUCCAGACCAAAGCAGUCAGGAUGUGACGUAAUUGUCUGAAGGAUGAGACUUUUCGUGAAUUUUGCCACCCACCUGUUCUCCAGUCUGACUUUAGACGAUCGCAGAGACGUAGUCUAUAUGAAUUUUCUUUUUGAUAAAUUGCUGACGUACUUACUGACUGCAGUCAGUUACCUUUCAUUUUCUUGUCCAAAGCUGGAGAUGUGGGUCCAUUUAAAUUGGCAUGUUUGAACGCAUCUGCUGACCGGAACCGGUCAGAUCUCUCCACCUCUAAGUGAGAAAAUAAUACCCUUUUGGUCGUAAUUAAAUUUUUAAGAAAUCUGCUGAUCUCUGUAGAAUCUUAGAGGUUCGAUGAUGGUGUUGGUGAAAAUAAGAAAGAAUGACAGUGAAAUCCUGCCUGGUGAUUCAAAGGUCACCAUGACCGGAGGCACAAAUCACUGGGGGGAAACAACACUUUUUGUGGCAGAAAGGCAGCCUUUGAAUACUCCUCUAUUACUAGCAGAAGAAUUAAGAUUGUUGUCUGAUCGAAACAUGAAACAACUCACGUCUUUGUCAGUAACAUCUGAAGAUAGUUACAUUUAUGUGCUGUUAGCAGAGAGUAUGUUGAUUUUUUAUCAGGCUUCCCUUGUUUUGAUUUGCGGCUGUUACUGAUUUUUCGUAUGUGGAAAUAUACCUACCUCUUCUGUUGGAAAGAACAUUUAAAAUUAAAUAAAUUUUAAUUUAAAAAUCAA